CAGUAUCAUCACACUCAGUCUUAGAGCUGCUAGCCACAAGCAAGACAAGCGUCAUACAAUUUUCAUCAAAGCUGUAUACUUUAAUAGCAAUCAUCAUAGACUAUAAAACAAAAACUCAACAGCGAGAAGCAACUGCAAUUGUAGAACAGUCAAUUUCCACAGUACUGGAUAAACAACCACUCCAAUCACAAUGAGUUUUGGAAGCGUACCAUCCAGGUCAGAGGUGAUGGGCUGGAACUCUGGAAACUUGGCUGAUUAUCUUAAAAAAUUGAAACUGCUGGGGUGUGACAGAGUGGUGAAAAAAAGCAACAUGAGUGGUGCAAGAUUCUUGAAUAUGACUGAUAAGGACUUUAAGAAGUUCCCUGCAGAACAUAUACCAUUUAUCACAAAGAUCUGCAGAGAUAUUAAUCAGAAUAACAAACAAAAGAAGGGUCUGUUUCAUAGAUCAGAUCAUCGGAUGCCUCCAAGCCAAGAACCUAAUCCAGGAGGUUGGGAUUCUGAUGAAUUCGACCAAGAAGGAAGUGACAACGACUAUGAGGAGCCAGAUAAUAAUGAGUUUGAAGACAAUUACAUAUGUGCAGCAUCAUGUGAUAUUGAGGAAGAUGUGAAUACUGAUGAUGAUUAUGAACCACCUCCUACUGAAGCACCUUCUGAAAUACCGACUCAGUUUCGAGUUGCCAAGCCUCUUGGUGAUGGUGAUUAUUUAGACAGCGGCCCACGUGGUUCUGCAAGACCACCCCAGGACAACAGGUCAGCAUCUCUUCCCAGAGGGCUUUUAAAUUUUCAGACACCUAAGCCUCCAUCACGACCGGACCCCUCUCCACACAGGCCUUUCAUUCCCCCUAAUCAAUUAAAACCUAGUGUGCCAAUGGUAGAUCGGAGUAAGAAACCUGGCUCAUCUCCUCUGUCCAAAAAAAAUAUUGUCAAAUCAGCAAUAAACCAAAACACCUUACCAAUGGCUUCAAAAUCAGCAACUUUACCCGCACAAAGAUUUAACACCCAACAGAGGGAUGAGUUUCCUCCUCCACCUGUAGAAGUGAAUUCGAUGAUGGGGCAGGGCAUGGAUCCACGGUGGUAUGUGGGGCAAAUGUCACGAGGAGAGGCCGAAGUCUCACUCAGACAAAUGAAUGCAGAUGGCACUUUCUUGGUGAGAGACAGUUCAAAGGGCUGCACAGAGCAGCCAUACACGCUCAUGGUGCUGCACCAGCAAAAAGUGUACAACAUCCAGAUCCGUUUCCUUGGAAACAAAGAUGGAUAUUCCCUGGGCACGGGCCUAAAUGGUGUCGAGAAUUUCUCCAGUGUUUUGGACAUGGUUGCACAUCACAUGAAGACCCCACUGAUUCUGAUAGACGGAAUGGAGCGUGGAGCAGGACCUACUCGCCAGUGCUGCCUCAUGCACCCGGCAGGUUUCUGAACUCACAAAGCAGAAGAAGAAUCUAUAUAAUGCUGACUGGAUUCCAGUGUCAAACAGACUUACAUAGAAUUCAGACAGUGUCUGGUGAAAUGCAGCUAUUAUAAAGUUAUCAAUCAACGCCAGGAGAUGCAAAUAUUGAAAAAUUAACUACAUGACUAAAUGAAUGAAUCAUACUUGGUUUAAUUCGAUCCGACAAAACUGUCUAAACUUUUUAAAUGAAAAAAAAAAAAUAUUUAAACACUUUCAAUGUUAAAAUCAAGCAUUUUUAGACUGUUAACGAGAAGCAAUUUUACUUAUAAUUAAGCAAUUUUCUUAUACUCUUAAAAUGUACAUUUGUCUGUUCUAAAUUAAAUAUUCCUACUGUUUUUAGAAUUCUAACUUAAUGUUUCCAAUUAAAUUGUGAAGUUUACAUGAAAAAGCA